AUGGCAUCCAUCAGCUCCCCCUCUAAACAGCCACUCUCUGACCGCCCAACAAACACUCACCUUCCCAUGUCGAGUACUCUAGUCGAAGAGGCCGAAGCAGACCUUAAGGCUGCUACUACGAAAUCCAUGGAAUACCAUAGACAAGUGCUGAAAGAGAAGAUAGAGGGUGAUUCACAGCAAUCUGGUCAUAUUAUCUCUCCAUCAGAUGGAAUUAUGAGCCCUUGCACAAAGAAGUUAAGCCACCUAAAAGGCAAGAAGUUCAAAAAUGCUGGUAAACCACAAAUGCUCUUUGCCAAGGCCCUCGGGAAGAAAUCUUACGACAAGAUGAGCAGUGAGAAUGCUGUUGACGAUGAUGGUGCUUGA